AUGCGGAGCAGUACUGUUUUUGAUAUACUGGUUCCCAUUCGAGUUAUUCAAAGUAAUAUCGGUUGUUUUCGAAUGUUAGGUUAUGGAGUCGGGCAUUUUUACAAUGAUCUCUGUGCCAGUAUGUGGUUUACUUAUCUCAUGAUAUUUUUGGAAAGGGUCAUGUAUUUCAAAGCAUCAGCUGCUGGUUUUUUGAUGCUUGUGGGGCAGAUCACUGAUGCUAUCAGUACACCGAUUGUGGGCAUGGCUAGCGAUAGCUCUAAACUUCCAGUUUGUUUGAAGCGUUUAGGAAGAAGGGUUUCUUGGCAUCUUAUCGGAACCGUUUGUGUCACUUUAUCAUUCCCAUUUAUUUUCAAUAAGGGUCUUCUGAAUAGUAAAAUUAAUAAGCUUUGGCAAAUUGGUUGGUACGUCCCGUUUAUAAUGCUUUUCCAAUUUGGUUGGGCCUCUGUACAAAUUUCCCAUUUAGCCUUGAUUCCGGAGCUUUCUGAGGAUAGCAGCCGUAGAAGUUCUCUUGGAUCACUUAGAUACAAUUUUACUGUUUUGGCUAAUCUUUUUGUGUUUCUUGGACUUUCGGCUCUUUUAAAUCGUGACGAUAGUGGUGGUGGAAUAACUGCGGCAGACAGCACUCAUUUCAGCAUUGCUUCCAUCGGCGUUGUGGUUAUUGGUUUGAUCACGUCGAUUUUAUUUUAUGCAACUACAAAAGAACCGACUGAUGGGCGUAGGUUGAGUCGCUUGAACUCUGCUUCUACUUCACCUGAACUUGCAAAAAUGUCCUGGACAAAUUGGUUCAGUCACCUUCAGUUUUACAAAGUUUCGUUUCUUUAUAUGUUUUCACGUUUGUUCAUCAAUGUUUCGCAAGUGUAUUUUCCGUUUUACAUAACCCUAACCGCAAGCUUUUCAAAGAAAUAUAUCGCAGUUUUGCCCAUGAUAUCUUGUAUUUCUUCAUUUUUAGUCGCUUCACUUGUUAGCGCUCCACGGAUAAAUAGACUGCUUGGGAACAAAAUUCUUUACCUUUUUGGUUGUCUUUUUGGCAUCAGUAACUGUGCAGCCAUGUAUUUCAACCAAACGAUGGUCUCGAUAAUAUGCAUCUCUAUACUUAUAGGUGUCGCACAGACAGUCGUCUUAGUUUCAGUCUUAGCUAUUACAGCAGAUUUAAUAAACAGAAAUACCGAGAGUGGCGCAUUUGUUUACGGGGUGAUGAGCUUUAUGGAUAAAUUGGCUAACGGAAUUACGUAUCAGCUCAUUGAAUUGUUGAACCCUCACUUAUAUAUAGGAUUACGUUUGCCUAGUGAAUCGGUGUCUGCCAAUUGCGCCGUUUUUUAUCGAUGUGUUAUGAGUUUUGUUCCGGGAGCCUGUAUAGGUCUUGCGUUCUUGGUGCUUAUAACUUUAUCACGAGAAACUGUUGGGGCAAGGACCUGUCGAGUGAGGACUGAGCCCGGUGAAAUACAUAUUUAA